AUGCGUUUAGACAACGAAUCGUCGCGAUCUUCAAGUUCGUCCCGGGCGCAGUCGCAUGGUACCCGUUUCUCGCCGCAAAGUAAGAGCGCAUUGUCCAAUGGAAACCCUUAUGGUUUGAGCGCAGCCAACGGACUUUCCACCUCGCAGUCCAAUGGAACCGCCUCAGGCAAACCUCGCCCAACAUAUUUUGGACACGACCGAGAAGAAGUUGCUCGAAUUUUGAUCCAAAGUUUAGCUGAUUUGGGCUAUAAUGGAGCUGCGGCGGCACUCACACAAGAAAGUGGUUACGAGCUUGAGAGCCCUUCAGUAGCAGCAUUUAGGAACGCUGUUCUAUCAGGUGAAUGGGCUGAGGCCGAGAGCUUAUUAUUUGGUAACGUACCUAUCGACGGCGGAGUGGAAUUUGAUGGGGCGGACGGAUCAUACGCACGAGGGCUGGUUUUGGCGGAAGGUGCAGACAAGAAUGAGAUGCUCUUUUGCCUGAGGCAGCAAAAAUUUCUUGAGCUACUAGAGGAAAGAGAUCUAGGAAGUGCUCUGAUGGUGUUGCGUCAGGAGCUGACGCCGCUUAAUCGAGACAUUAGCAAGCUGCACGCUCUCUCAAGUUUGAUCAUGUGUCAGUCUGCCGAAGACCUCAAGGAGCAAGCGAGCUGGGAUGGGGCUGCUGGAGCAUCACGGCAUAUCCUUCUUUCGGAGCUUUCGAAAUCCAUUUCACCUUCAGUCAUGAUUCCCGAACAUAGGUUAGCAGUUCUGCUCAACCAAGUCAAGCAACACCAAAUCUCAAAUUGUCUCUAUCACAACACUGCGAGUUCCCCCUCUCUCUACUCAGACCAUAGCUGCGAUAGGAGUCAAUUUCCCCUGCGAACAACCGCAGAAUUGCAGCAGCAUACGGACGAGGUCUGGUUCUUGGAGUUUUCUCACGACGGCACCAAGUUGGCGACUGCGAGCAAGGAUCGAACCGUGGUCGUAUACGACACCCGGUCCUGGGAACCAAUUCACGUGCUCUGCGAGCAUACGGAUCCUGUCGCGUAUGUUGCAUGGUCUCCGGACGAUUCGAAGUUGAUUACAUGUUCUCACGAUCGUAAAGCUCGUUUAUGGGAUAUGAGUACCGGCACAUGCUCCUUGACGAUCAAUCAUCAUAACGAGCCAGUUACAACCGCAUCUUGGGCACCAGAUGGCCAAGUAUUCGUCACUGGUUCGCUGGACAGCCAGCUCUCACUUUGCGUCUGGGACUUGAGUGGAAACCGGCUGCAUGCUUGGUCUGGCUACCGAGUACAGGACUCAGCCAUCUCCCUCGAUGGUACAAAGCUGGUCACAAUUUCAACGGAGAAGAAGAUUUACGUCUAUGACCUUGAAAAGCGAGAAGAGCUGUACAAUCUCGCACUCAAGGCUGAGCUCACCUGCGUCAAUAUCAGCCGUGACUCACGAUACCUUUUGGUUAACAUGUCGGACCAUGAGAUUCAAUUAAUCGAUAUUGAAACGGCCGAGACAGUUCGAAGAUACCUCGGCCAGCAGCAGGGUCGGUUUGUGAUUCGCAGUGGGUUUGGCGGUGCCAGCGAAAAUUUUAUCAUCAGUGGAAGUGAAGACUCUCGGGUGUACAUUUGGAACCGUGAAAGCGGCACGCUCGUGGAGACUUUGGAAGGCCAUGCGUCUGGCUGCGUCAAUUCUGUCUCGUGGAACCCCACUGAUCCCUGUCUCUUCGCCUCGGCUGGCGAUGACAAGAAAGUUCGAAUUUGGUCUAAAGCAUUGAUUCCUCCCUCUUCAUGGGGAGCUGUCCGCAAUGGUCAUAAGCAUAGGAGCCUGGACGACUUGGUUGCUUAG